AUGAAGCGAGUCCAGCCGGCAAACUCCGUCGAGAUGGGAAAGUCUUCCGAGGUGGCAUCCAUGCCCCACGAUGAACCGGUGGCUCGUCCUAUCGAGUUUCACCUCUUCCCUCGGCUACCCCCCGAGAUCCAGCUCAUCAUCUGGGCCAUUUGGCGCGAAGACCAGCCCGUCAUGCGCCAAUACUGCUUCAUGGAGCGUGAGGGACGUUGCUACGCGGCACUCGAUAUGGAAAAGCUGCAGUUUGUCAAGACGGCUGGAGGGAGCAUCGAUCUCAGAACUGGUGAAAGUGCACCUCUGGAUCCCAUGGAACACCAGAUUUGCUUCACCAACAACAUUUCGACUGUCACGGUACCCGAAGAUAUCCUGCGCAUGUUCCGAAAUCCCAGGAUUGAACAGAAUCGAAGAAUUCUAUCCCCCGCAUAUACUUGGGUCAACUUCCAGCGCCAUACCUUCUUCGUCCAUAACGCCCACUACAGACUCCCCGGACGCCUACGAUUCUUGUUUCACAACAUCGGAGCAAAGAUACCGCAAGAGAUCAAGAGCGAUCAUUGGUCGAAGCGCAUACAGAAACUUGCCGUCUUCGCGACCGCCGAGUCGAAUACCUUGAAUGACCUCGAUAAAGCGGCUCUGCUUCAGCUGACGGGCAUGAAAACCGUCUUCAUCAUCCUGCCGAUGCAUCACUACAACAAUUGGAGACAGUUGAAAGACGGUGUAUGCCGCUGUCAAGGACCUUGUAGCAGGAAUUUGACGGGUCAACGCUACUGCGGAAUCCGUCAGGAAAUUCGGGGGAACGGCUUCCUAGAUGUGGACAUCGAAGAGAGAAUCGCAGAAGUAACUGCUAGGUAUGGUGACUGGGAGUCAUCCUUCCCUCCCAUGGAACAACCAUGUGCCCAACGGCUAUUAGUGAAGAUCAAGGAGAUAUUCAGCCUUAAUGGACGAGACAAAGUGCAAGUCAAGGUGGUGGUGGACGUGUGGUCCCUGGUAAAGUCGUGGGUUAAGUAG